AUGCUCAGCCAUCAUGCUCAGCCAUCAUGCUCAGCUAUCAUGCUCAGCUAUCAUGCUCAGCCAUCAUGCUCAGCUAUCAUGCUCGGCUAUCAUGCUCAGCCAUCAUGCUCAGCCAUCAUGCUCAGCUAUCAUGCUAAGCUAUCAUGCUCAGCCAUCAUGCUCAGCCAUCAUGCUCAGCUGUCAUGUUCAGCUAUCAUACUCAGCGAUCAUACUCAACCAUCAUGCUCAGCUAUCAUGCUCAGCUAUCAUGCUCAACCAUUAUGCUCAGCUAUCAUGCUCAGCUAUCAUACUCAACCAUCAUGCUCAGCUAUCAUGCUCAGCUAUCAUGCUCAGCUAUCAUGCUCAACCAUUAUGCUCAGCUAUCAUGCUCAACCCAUCCUCUCCUCCUCUUCUAAAAGCUAUCAAUCUCCACCCCCCCCCCCGGCUCCCCCUCCUAAGGUCUCAGCCAAGAUUGGUUCAAGCCAAUUGGAUGAACAGUCAGAGACUAUACUGAGACUCCUGGAACAGUCAGAGACUAUACUGAGACUCCUGGAACAGUCAGAGACUACACUGAGGCUCCUGGAACAGUCAGAGACUAUACUGAGGCUCCUGGAACAGUCAGAGACUACACUGAGACUCCUGGAACAGUCAGAGACUACACUGAGACUCCUGGAACAGUCAGAGACUACACUGAGGCUCCUGGAACAGUCAGAGACUACACUGAGACUCCUGGAACAGUCAGAGACUACACUGAGACUCCUGGAACAGUCAGGGACUACACUGAGGCUCCUGGAACAGUCAGAGACUAUACUGAGGCUCCUGGAACAGUCAGAGACUACACUGAGGCUCCUGGAACAGUCAGAGACUACACUGAGGCUCCUGGAACAGUCAGAGACUACACUGAGGCUCCUGGAACAGUCAGAGACUAUACUGAGGCUCCUGGAACAGUCAGAGACUAUACUGAGGCUCCUGGAACAGUCAGAGACUAUACUGAGGCUCCUGGAACAGUCAGAGACUAUACUGAGGCUCCUGGAACAGUCAGAGACUACACUGAGACUCCUGGAACAAUCAGAGACUACACUGAGGCUCCUGGAACAGUCGGAGACUACACUGAGGCUCCUGGAACAGUCAGAGACUACACUGAGGCUCCUGGAACAGUCAGAGACUACACUGAGACUCCUGGAACAGUCAGAGACUACACUGAGACUCCUGGAACAGUCAGAGACUACACUGAGACUCCUGGAACAGUCAGAGACUACACUGACACUCCUGGAACAGUCAGAGACUACACUGAGACUCCUGGAACAGUCAGAGACUACACUGAGACUCCUGGAACAGUCAGAGACUACACUGAGACUCCUGGAACAGUCAGAGACUACACUGAGACUCCUGGAACAGUCAGAGACUACACUGAGACUCCUGGAACAGUCAGAGACUACACUGAGACUCCUGGAACAGUCAGAGACUACACUGAGACUCCUGGAACAGUCAGAGACUACACUGAGACUCCUGGAACAGUCAGAGACUACACUGAGACUCCUGGAACAGUCAGAGACUACACUGAGACUCCUGGAACAGUCAGAGACUACACUGAGACUCCUGGAACAGUCAGAGACUACACUGAGACUCCUGGAACAGUCAGAGACUACACUGAGACUCCUGGAACAGUCAGAGACUACACCGAGACUCCUGGAACAGUCAGAGACUACACUGAGACUCCUGGAACAGUCAGAGACUACACUGAGACUCCUGGAACAGUCAGAGACUACACUGAGACUCCUGGAACAAAGCACAAGGUUGCCGAGGAGAUAUCAACGGAACAUGGCCUAA